AUUCGCCUCUUAUUGGAAGCGAGUGUAGCCCUGUGCCUGUUUGAGCUGAGAGGAGCAAUUUCAUAAGUUUACACUAAUAAUGGCGGAGUCUGCUAUGGAAUCUGUGCGUGUUGUAAAAUCAGCUACUUGUGGGCGAGGUUUGGUCUUCACUUCAAAAUUUGCGAGGGGACAAUGUAUCCUUGAAGAAUUGCCAUAUGCAUAUACACUGCAAGACGACAAAAGGGGACGCUAUUGUGAAUUUUGCCUCAAAAAAUGUUCAACUCUAAAGAAGUGUUCCAGCUGCCAUUAUGCAAGCUACUGCAAUAAAUCAUGUCAGCGAGGAGAUUGGGCAAGAUGUCACAAGCAAGACUGCAAAACACUGAAGAGAAUACACCCCUUGCCAUAUUCACACGUAGUUCAGCUUCUAUCUCAUAUUAUCCACAAGCAAAAACGAUCCCCUCCAUGCAUUCAGGAUGAUGAGGAUUGUUUUCCAACCACCGUAGACCAGCUGGAAUCCCAUCAUGAGAAGCUGAGCGAUACAAGAAGGAAGGACUUUGAGACAUUGUUGUUUUCGUUGAAGUAUUACGAAGAUGAUGUCUUACCCGAGCCAAGCACCCUGUUGAAGAUGUUUGGGGCGACUAUCUGCAAUUCCUUAUCAAUAAUGAAUAAUGAUCUGAAUGUCAUUGCAGUUGGGAUGUACUUGAGAGCAUCCAUGUUGAACCAUUCCUGUGAUCCUAACUGUGCAUGGGUGAGUGAUGGGAGAAAAAUUCAAAUCAUGACCGUUAAAGAUGUCAAAGAAGGAGAAGAGUGUACAAUCACCUAUGUAGAUGUCAUGGACCCAGCUAAAGUGAGACAGGCUGAUCUGAAAGAGAGAUAUCAUUUCACCUGUAAGUGUGUGAAAUGCAUCGAAGAAAUCAAUGCAUUGGGGCCAGAUGAUGGUUUAGGUGAAGAGUUCCGAGAUUUGAAGAAAUCCUUGGAGCAAAUAAGGGAUGCAGAGAAUUCACAAGAUAUCCUUCGUUGUCAUUUAAAGUUUAUUGUAGUAUACAAUGACUAUACCUGUCAAUAAUUUGAAAUACUAGGAAUGAAGUCAAUGAAUGUUUUCUCCUUUAGAGUUUGUUUCAUUUGUCGUUAUCAUAGAGUUAUUGGGACCCUUUUUAUUUGCACAAUUCACAUUCUACAAAUACCUUGCAUUGUAAUCUAUUUUUUCUCUAUUGCUCUCCUUUUCCCUCCUUUUCUACUUGUCUCUGUCUGUCUAUCUGUCUCUCUGUCUCUCUGUCUCUCUCUCCUUUACCCUUUCCUCUAUGCUCCAAACUCACUGACCCCAUGUUAGUCCUCUCAGUUUCUCUAUAUACAUUCUUCCAAGCUUUUUGUCCCCAUCUCGAUCAGUUUUCAUUGUAUGGGUUUAUUCUUUCUUAAUGGUGAUAUUUACAUUGGGAAAAAGUGUAUCAGCUGUGUAUACCCUACCUGAAUCCGAUGGACUCCACUAGCAAUAUUCCAGCCAAUCAUCAUCUCCUGUACAAGGUCAGACAGGCGGCAUUUCUAGCAUGCAUCGACUCACACGCAUGGCAGAAAGCUGUUGAGACUGGACAGCUGAACAUAGAGCCUAACAAAUAUCUCUACAAAGGACCAUACCAUGCCUCUAUAGGGAUUUACUUCCUGAGAAUGACUAGACUACUACUUGAGCUGGGGAGAUUUGAAGAAGCUCGAAAAUAUCUCACAGAGACAAAGAAUGUUUUGGAUGUUACGCAUGGCCCAAAGCAUUCACUGAUGUUAGAAGUACAACAACUGUUCUCGUUCCUGGAAAUACUAAAUAAAUAAGGACAGAGCAACAGAGAGAAAGGUCGAAAGGAAACAACAAGAGACAUAGGUUUGAGAAGCUGGCAUACAAUCAGUUCGAAAUGUAGUCAUCGUAGUUUGUAAAUCUAGACAUUUUAACACAAGGGCGGCCUAUUUGAUAAUACUUUUUGUUUAUUAACAUGUUCCGAUCAUUGUGAUAAGCUACUGAUAUCCUUGCAUUUGAUUGACUGUGAGCAGAUGUAUCAUAGAUAUAUGGCAGUUAUUGAUAACACGUUUGCUGAAACAGGGCCAACCUCUAUUAAAGGAGGUGUUUAAUGGAACUAAUUACCGAGUACUUUGCAGAAUUCAAUGUCUAUUUCUUCAAUAAUGUACUUUAAUGUUCUUUAAUGUACUAAAUAACCAGUGACGCAAUGGAUGUAUAUGUGUUGUGUUUUUUUUCUACCCAUUUGAAUAAAAAUUUACUUUUGUGUGCCCUUAGUAUAAUACGUCACCGGAAUGGUGUGUUGUGUUUCCUAUGAGUGUGCUGGAUGAGAUUCUGAUUCUAUUGGUGAAAUAAUUAAUUACAUUUCCGGUGAAGUUUAUCUUAUUUUUAAUACUAUUUUUCAAAUCGUUGGAUAACCUCAUUUUGUAAAUCUAAAAAUUUAUAUCCAUGUCUCUAUUCGCUGGUUAUUUCAUAUAAUGUUAUUAAAUAUCCCUGUAAUAUGUUGUCAUCCUGUGUAAAUAUUUUUAAAUAAAUAAGUUUGAGAAAUGGUAGAAUAUUUCGUCGAGAAGUCGAAGAGAAAAAUACAUUUACAUGUAGUGUCAUGUACAUGCUUUCCUCUCACUGUAGAGAUAAUUGGUCCAAAGUCUAUUUGAUAUCCAUGUAAUAUAUUGUUAUGUUUGCCUCAUUUCAUUGAUAUUUUGUAUGUUACCAUGUAUAUACAGGACCAAUGUGAAUAAAAGCUUUGGCCAACAUUGUCAUCCUGUAUAAAUAUUUCUAAACAAAUAAGUUUGAGAAAUGGUAUAAUAUUUUGUAGAGAAGUCGAAAAAAAAAAAAUAAUUACAUGUCAUGUACAUGCUUUACUCUAACUAAAGAGAUAAUUGGUCUAAAGUCUAUUUAAUAUCCCUGUAAUAAAUUGUUAUGUUUACCUCAUUUAAUUGAUUUGUUUGUAUGUGACCAAUGUGAAAAACAGCUUUGGCCAACAUUGUCAUCAUGUAUUAAUAUUUUUAAAUAAAUAAGUUUGAGAAAUGGUAUAAUAUUUUGUCGAGAAGUCGAAGAGAGAAAUACAUUUACAUAUAGUGUCAUCUACAUGCUUUCCUCUAACUGUAGAGAUAAUUGGUCCAAAGUCUAUUUAAUAUCUCUGUAAUAAAUUGCUAUGUUUGCCUCAUUUCAUUGAUAUUUGAUGUUACCAUGUAUAUACAGGACCAAUGUGAAAAACAGCUUUGGCGAACAUUGUCAUCCUGUAUAAAUAAUUUUUAAAUAAAUAAGUUUGAGAAAUGGUAUAAUAUUUUGUCGACAAGUCGAUAAGAAAAUACAUUUACAUGUAGUGUCAUGUACAUGCUUCCUCUAACUGAAGAGAUAAUUGGUCCAAAGUCUAUUUAGUAUCUCUGUAAUAAAUUGCUAUGUUUGCCUCAUUUCAUUGAUAUUUGUAUGUUACCAUGUAUAUACAGGACCAAUGUGAAAACAGCUUUGGCCAACAUUGUCAUCCUGUAUAAAUAUUUUUAAAUAAAUAAGUUUGAGAAAUGGUAUAUUUUGUCGAGAAGUCGAAGAGGAAAAUACAUUUACAUGAGUGUCAUUUACAUGCUUUCCUCUAACUGUAGAGAUAAUUGGUCCAAAUUCUGUUUAAUAUCACUUAGUUAUAAUGCACAAUAAUCAAGAUUCCACUUAUUGUCUUUUAUGUAAAGAACAUUUGACUUGUACACAGACAUGCUGUAUUCUCAUGCUUUAAUAAAGAAACAGCAAACUUGAA